UUGGGGGUAAAAUUUGGUCUUUCAGAGUUCAGGAAAUGAAGAAGCCUCUGCCAUCAUUUCUUUUAGAAAACAUUCUAGAACUCUGCUGGUCUUUGUGAGGUUUCUCUCAAGUGGAAUGAUGUUAGAGAAAAGAAGGCCUUUCCUAGUCCACAGCCCCAGAUCACCGGCUAUGAGCUCCAAGGAAGGUCCACCACGCCUGCUACCAUCGUAGAAGAACUCCAUUACCAAUGGUGAUAAGACAUCUAGCCAAAAGCUGGGUCAAGAUUAUGCUAAUUAACUCCAAGUCCCAAGACCCUUGUUGCCUGGUGACAAAGUUGCACAGUGGAGGAGCACCAGGAGGAAAGGCAGAGCUCCCUUUCUAGCAGUUUUAUGUGACUCCUUCCCCAAAGUCAUCACCAUCAACUCAGAAAAAUAUCCUUCAAAUACACUUCCAUACUAAGAGACCAUGGCCAAGGGCGGGAAAGGCCCCAAGGGCAAGAAGAUCACUCUCAGUGUGGCCAAGAAUUGCAUCAAAAUCACCUUUGAUGGGAGAAAACGCCUUGAUCUGAGCAAGAUGGGAAUCACCACCUUUCCCAAGUGCAUCCUGCGCCUCAAUGAUGUGGAUGAGCUCGACCUCAGCCGGAACCUCAUCAGGAAGAUCCCAGACUCCAUCUCCAAGUUCCAGAACCUGCGAUGGCUGGACCUGCACAGCAACUACAUCGACAAGAUCCCCGAGUCCAUUGGUCAGAUGACCUCCCUGCUCUACCUCAAUGUGAGUAACAACAGGCUGACCACAAAUGGGCUGCCCGUGGAGCUGAACCAGCUCAAGAACAUCCGCACUGUGAAUCUUGGCCUCAACCACCUAGACAAUGUGCCCACCACGCUGGGGGCACUGAAGGAGCUCCAUGAGGUAGGGCUACAUGACAACCUGCUGAAUACCAUCCCUGCAAGCAUCUCCAAGCUCCCCAAACUGAAGAAGCUCAACAUAAAGAGGAACCCCUUUCCAAAGGACGAUGAAACAGACGCGUUUGUAGACACCAUCAAAAGGCUGGAAAACCUCCAUCUGGUGGAAGAGAAGGAUCUGUGUGCACAGUGCCUGCAAAAAUGCCAACAGGCCAGGGAGAAGUUGAACAAAAUCAAGAGCAUGGCCCCCACGACACCAAGAAAAGCCAUCUUUUCCAAUUUGGUUUCACCCAACUCAAUGGCCAAGGAUUCCCAGGAAGAUUGGAGGUUGCGCUCACCAUCUACCUUCUAGAGUAGCUUAUGGCAAAAACACGAAGACCAAUCAGCCAACAGAAAUAAACGACUCUGAAGAGGAAAAGUCUCAAAUUAGAAGACAGAGUGGCAGAGGGAACAUUCUGGAAGACAGGCUCUCCGAUGCUACCCAAAUUAUUGAAUUGCUUUAUAAAUUUCACUUUGUUUCCCUUGGCUCUAGGCUACCUGCUUGUAAAAAUUCCUUUGGAAGAUGUUUUGUGUGGUUUUUCGCAUGUAUGUAAAAAGAUCACCCAAGAAAAUCAAAGAUUUUAUGUAUUAACAGACAAUUAAAGUCUUAAAAGUCUA